AUGGACAAGGAAUUUCACGACGCUAGCGCCAUGCCUACAAAAUCUGCCACGCGGUCGAACGAUGCUGCUAGUGAGGGGACACAGUCGAUACCCAAUGUCGAUGUUUUUAAAGUCGGUGUACGUGUUCCCCCAUUCUGGCCGGAAGAACCAGAGAUAUGGUUUGCGCAGGUGGAGGGACAAUUUGCCAUCUCAGGUAUCACAAAUGACCUGACAAAAUUUAAUUACGUCAUUGGCCACCUGGACGUGGAGCAGUCCAGAGAAAUUAAGGACAUAAUCAUCAGCCCACCUUCAGCAAAUAAAUAUGACACCUUGAAACGGGAGCUGAUCAAACGGCUGUCGGCAUCGAGGGAAAAGCAGAUCAAGCAGCUUUUGAUGCACGAGGAGCUUGGAGACCGUAAGCCCUCGCAAUUCCUGCGUCACCUCAAGAGCCUCGCCGGUGCCGACGUCUCUCAGGAUUUAUUGAAGACCAUCUGGACAAGCCGACUCUCCCACGGUAUCCAGACAGUGCUCGCUGGUCAACCAUCUUCGUCUUCCAUCGAGGACCUCGCGGAUUUGGCCGAUCGCGUUCAUGAACUGGCCACUCCCAUGCCAGCUGUGGCGUCCACCAGCCAAGCUGUUCCUGGAUCUGCACUGGACGCGUUAGCCAGGGAAGUAGCCGAGCUGAGACGACAGGUUCAGCGACUCUCGACGGGUAGAAGAAGCCGACCACGUUCCAGAUCAUCGGGACCUGCUCGAAGAGGAUCAACAUCCAGGUUAAGACGAUCCGACUCCAACUAUCGCAAGUUCCCGCUCUGUUGGUAUCAUGCCAAAUAUGCGGAGAAAGCCAGCAGAUGCGUGAAGCCCUGCGACUACAUGGCGGGAAACGCAAAGGGCGGUCGAUAA